AUGUAUAAAGUUUGCACUUUUUAUAACGCAAAAAAUUGGGCCGGUGAGCAACCUAGGCUUUGUUGCUCUGGGGGCAAAAUCAAACUCCAUUCUUUAGACGAACCUCUCCAGCCGCUUAGGGACCUCCUUCUGGGUACAACUUCGGAAUCAACGCAUUUUCUUGAAGCAGUACGGAAGUACAACUGUUGCUUCCAGAUGAUGCGAAGGCUAUUAGUGAGGGGGGGAUGGAUGCCUCCUUUCAAAGUCCAAGGCCAGGUUUACCAAUUAAUGGGAUCACUUUUGGCUGAUCAGGGAGAGCCACCUCAGUUCCUACAAAUUUACUUUCUCGCUGACUACAAAGAGCAGGUUGAUGCGCGUCUCGGCAUUCUGCCUAGCGAUAUUUCUGUCGGUCCCCGUAGAGACAUUCUGUUCCGUCUACAGGACAUGCUUCACGAAACUAACAGUUACAUCCGAAGCUUAAAGUUUGCGUUGCAAAACAACUCUUCGCCCUCUUUCAGCGUUGUCAUCGAUGCAGACAGACGGUCUCCCGACUGUCUCCAGUACCCCCAUCUUUUUCCAUACGGAAGCUAUGGGUACCACUUCAAAAUCCCAAUAUACCAGGCAAGCAGCGAUUCCAUAACGACCUCAAAGACGGUCUCCUGUAGGGCUUACUACGCCUAUAUGUUUAUGGUUAGGGAGGGUGAAUUUAACCACUUGCACAGGUGCCGUCAACUAUUUCUUCAAUUCGCUGUUGACAUGACUGCAAAAAUGGAGUCGGAGAGGUUAGGAUUCAUCAAGUUAAACCAAUCCAAACUUAGAACCGACUCCUACAUUCACCUUCGUGAAGGUCUGCGUUCUGAUGGUGACCCACGCAAUCUCAGAAAACCGUGUAUUUUCCCUUCCUCUUACAUUGGUGGCCCUCGAUACAUGCAUGAAAGAACACACGACGCAAUGACCUGUGUCUGUCAUUGCGGGAGGCCUGAUUUGUUCGUCACUUUCACGUGCAAUCCGAAAUGGGCUGAAAUCACGCGCGAACCUUUUCCGGAUCAGCAGUACUCACACCACGCUGACCUAAUUGCCUGCGUUUUCCGGUUACAGCUGUGUAAGCUUAUGGAUUUAAUCCUUAAAGAACAAGUCUUCGGACGCGUUAAGUGUCAUAUGUAUACAGUGGAAUGGCAGAAACGCGGUCUGCCUCAUGCACACAUUCUGCUGUGGCUUAAUGAUUAA